GGGACCCGCCCGUUACGCUCCAGCAGCCCGGCAAGUGUGGCUGCAGGCGCCUGUCGCCACUGCUGUCCCGGAGCUGAGUCGCACCCAGGUGUCCAGGACGGUGCGUGCUCCAGUGUGUGUUUCCCUGAGGGCGAGCGCCGAGCCGGCCCCGAGCCUCCAGCUCGCUCCUCCUGGCUGCGGUGCAUGUUCGCCUCCUGCCACUGUGUGCCGAGAGGCAGGAGGACCAUGAAAAUGAUCCACUUUCGGAGCUCCAGCAUCAAAUCGCUCAGCCAAGAAAUGAAAUGCACCAUCCGACUGUUGGACGACUCGGAGAUCUCCUGCCACAUCCAGAGGGAGACCAAAGGGCAGUUUCUUAUCGACCACAUCUGCAACUACUACAGCUUGCUGGAGAAGGACUACUUCGGCAUUCGUUACGUGGACCCAGACAAGCAACGGCACUGGCUUGAACCUAACAAGUCCAUCUUCAAGCAAAUGAAAUCUCAUCCACCAUACACCAUGUGCUUUAGAGUGAAAUUCUACCCACACGAACCCCUGAAGAUUAAAGAAGAGCUCACAAGGUACCUCCUGUACCUGCAGAUUAAGAGAGAUAUUUUCCAUGGUCGCCUGCUCUGCUCCUUCUCCGACGCUGCCUACCUGGGUGCCUGUAUUGUGCAAGCUGAGCUUGGUGAUUACGAUCCUGAUGAGCAUCCCGAGAAUUACGUCAGUGAGUUUGAGAUCUUCCCUAAGCAGUCACAGAAGCUGGAAAGAAAAAUAGCAGAAAUUCAUAAAAACGAACUCAGAGGCCAGAGCCCACCGGUUGCUGAAUUUAACUUACUCCUGAAAGCUCACACUUUGGAAACCUAUGGGGUGGACCCCCACCCGUGCAAGGAUUCAACAGGUACAACAACAUUUUUGGGAUUCACUGCUGCAGGCUUUGUGGUAUUUCAGGGAAAUAAGAGAAUCCAUUUGAUAAAAUGGCCAGAUGUCUGCAAACUGAAGUUUGAAGGGAAGACAUUUUAUGUGAUUGGCACUCAGAAAGAGAAAAAAGCCAUGUUGGCAUUUCAUACUUCAACACCAGCUGCCUGCAAACAUCUUUGGAAAUGUGGGGUGGAGAACCAGGCCUUUUAUAAGUAUGCAAAAUCCAGUCAGAUCAAGACUGUCUCAAGCAGCAAGAUAUUUUUUAAAGGAAGUAGAUUCCGAUAUAGCGGUAAGGUUGCCAAAGAGGUGGUGGAGGCGAGCUCCAAAAUCCAGAGGGAGCCUCCGGAGGUGCACAGAGCCAACAUUACCCAGAGCCGUAGUUCCUACUCCUUGAACAAGCAACUCAUCAUUAACAUGGAGCCCCUGCAGCCCUUGCUGCCUUCCCCCAGCGAGCAGGAAGAGGACCUUCCACUGGGUGAGGGUAUUCCUCUGCCCAAAGAAGAUGGCAUUUCUGCCCCCUUGAUCUCCAGCUCACCAGUGAAGGAAGCCCGGGAGUAUGAAGAGCCCUCAAGUGAGGAGGAAGAUAAAAUAAAAGAAGAGCCUUUGACUAUCUCUGAACUGGCGUACAACCCAAGUGCUAGUCUGCUCCCCACCCCAGUUGACAAUGAUGAGAUUGACAUGCUGUUUGACUGUUCAUCUCGGCCUGAGUUGGAAAGAGAAGACACAGAUUCAUUUGAGGAACUGGAAGCAGAUGAAAAUGCCUUCCUGAUGGCAGAGGAAGAGGAGCUGAAGGAGGCUCACCAAGCGUUGUCGUGGAGCUAUGACAUUCUGAGCGGCCAUAUUCGGGUGAACCCACUGGUCAAGAGUUUUUCCAGGCUCUUUGUGGUGGGUCUGGGCCUGCUGCUCUUUGUAUUCCCCCUGCUCCUCCUCCUUUUGGAGUCAGGUAUUGAUCUCUCCUUCUUAUGUGAAAUCCGCCAGACACCAGAGUUUGAGCAAUUUCACUAUGAAUAUUACUGUCCUCUCAAGGAGUGGGUGGCUGGCAAAGUAAACCUCAUUCUCUACAUGCUGGGUUGCUCCUAAAGUACAUCUCUCAUAUGACUAAGGGCUAUAUUCAAUACUAGUGAUUUGUUUUUUUCUGCAAAUGCCUGGUUCUGAAUGGUCCUGGAGCCAUCAACAGGUGUUCUUUGCUCAAAACUGAUUAUUCAAACCUUUAAGUUAACUUUCCAUAAUUCACUACACUUAAAUAAGUUUAAAUCAAAUACAGUAAUUUUAGUUAUAGGUCAGGAAGAUGGCCUUUAAAUAACCAAAAAUGUUUAUUUUUAUUAUAUCAUGGCAUAGUCUUUAUUAUAAUACAUUUCUAUUAUAUCAUAAUACAUUGAGCUGAAUUAGGUUUCCCCCUUUUAGAUGGUUAGCAUCAUUAUAGGCUAUAAGGUUCAGAAUCAGAACUUUAGUAAUAAUCCAAGAGAAAGCUUUUGAAUAUAAUCCUUAGUGAAAACAAUGUCCUCUAACCAAUGCCUAUACAACUAAAUUUAUGCUGGGUUUUUGUUUUUUUAAAAAUAUUUUUAUGUGUUCAGAAUAUUUUGGUAAAUUUUUAGCAAAAAAAAAAAACCCUCCUGGAGUUAUUUAAUUGUACAGAUUGUAAGACUAAUGCACAAAAGAUAUGUUGGAAAUUUUUUAAUGGUUUGGCACUGGUUUGUUUAAAAAAUAUUUUUGGCUGAAAAAAAAAUCCCACAAUUUGUUGUUAGCUACUCAUGAGUUAGAAAAUAGGUAGAAAGACUGUGGUAAGUAAGCUCCUGAAACAAGUGAUGGAAAUGGAGGAUGUAGAAACUGAGCAUCAAGUGGACACAGGGUGGUCCCUUUUUCAAAGUAUCUGGACAAGAUGACUAGUUACUUUCAUUUGCAUCCCGCCUAAAUAUUUUGGCUGAGGAAGCAGAACAUUUUAAAAAGAGAGUGGAACUUGAAAAGAUAUGCCAGUUAAUUGCAUGUUAUUGUACUUUAACCCAAGAGUGGAAGCAGAUGGGAAAUGGACAAAUGACAAGUAGCAAAAAAAGUUUUGGUGAGGCUGGUAGUCUAGGGGUGGUAGGAAAAUGAUUGAUUUUAUGGAAGUGAUGGUGAUACAAGGUGUUGGAUGAUGUAAAGAACAGUGUACUUGCUGUCCAAAUUGACAUGAAUAUGUUUAAGUGGAUCUAAAUAAAAGUGGAGAAACUUUAAGGCA